UGUUUUUGAAUAACUACAAGUGUUAAUUUUCAUGUAUGUUAUCACAUAUUAUUCAAUAGCGUGCUCCACUGAAACGACUAAUGCCAUGUACAAUACAAUCCAUGUAUUGUGUUGUGGAAGAACCUCCUACAAGUAACGUGGGUAAUGAUUACUGUGUAAUAGGACUUUCGCUUUGUUGUCCCUCCACAGAUUCCGUCCAUGGGUAAAGGAGAUGUGAAGUUGUUCGUGUUGUGAAGCUAACUCUCUAGCGCAAAUAAAAAAUAAAUAAACAAAUUCUGUUGGCGGACGUUUGGGGCACAUUGUGACAUAUUGAACUGUGCAGAUUUUAUUGGGCAGCUCUUGCCAGAAGACGGUAUAGAACGUUGUAGAUAGAUUGCUAGCUAACACGGACACAGGCCUAAUCAAUCCACAGUUGCAAAGGAAAGCAAGUGUCCCCUGUCGCCAGCAUGGACUCUUGGAUUCGAUUUAGUGCGCAGAGCCAAGCCAAGGAACGAGUUUUCAGGGCUGCACAGUACACCUGUACAUUGUUAGGUUACACUCUCCAGAAGGGUGGGGCAAGUGUUGAGCUCCUGAAGACAGUGAAACAACUGGAAGCUCAUGUGAGCCUAACAAGGAAGUUGAUGCGUCUAGGGAACUCCGCAGAGGCUGUGGAGGCAGCGAAACGUGCUGUGCACCUCUCGGACAGCGUGCUGCGUCUCUGUCUGACCGUGGCCCACCUCAACAAGGCCAUGUACUUCGCCUGUGACAACGUGCUGUGGGCCGGCAAGGCUGGCCUCCUGCCCCAACUGGACCAGGUCAAGUGGAGCCAGAGAUCCUUCAGGUACUACCUCUUUGCCCUCAUUCUCAACCUAACCCGGGACGCCUACGAGAUCCGCCUGCUUAUGGAGCGUGAGGCCCGCUCCUCCCAUGUGGGGUCAAAGGCUACCUGGACCUCUUCUCCUCCCUCUCCACACCCCUCUUCACUCACCCCCGAGAACGUCGACCUCUCCGACCCCUCUUCCCUUCCCGGAGCCAUAUUACCUGUACGCCUCCGCAGACAGUUCCACCUGCUGGUGACGGUGCUGCGAAGCAACCCACCGCUGCUGCUGGACCUGCUGAAGAACGUGUGCGACGUGUUCAUCCCCCUGGACCGGCUGGGCAUCUACCCCACCGGCCAGGGCUUCGUGGGGGCCUGUGGCCUGGCCUCUUCGGUCCUCUCCAUCCUCACCAUCGUCCACCCCUGGCUCAAGCUCAAACCUUGAAGAAGCCAGAAUAUUUGGUUGAACGUUCUAGCUCGAGUCGAACAUUCCUCAAGCCUUGAAGGAGACAUUUUGGCCAAACUUUUUAGGUCCCCUAGAAGUGAAGAAGUGCUGUUGUGUCGAGGAAGGCAGCAUGACACAAGAGCAGGGGUCCUGUACACUGCUUGCUUGGAAGGUUUUACGUUUUUUAUUUGGAAUGCCAACAUUUUGGGCAGAUCAUGCUCGGACGAAGGUUGGUGGACUGAAACAGUGGCAUUUCGAAUCAAAGAGAGAAAAUGUGCAAAUGAGCGCUGUAUUGGAAAUCUGUCUUUUGUAUUCAGUUCGUGCUCUGAAAUUUUCAAACACAAAGUUCCCCAAAAGCCAUUUGGUUGAGUAGUUGUUAACGACCUGCCCUAUGCAAGUGUAUAGAACCGGCACAUGGAAAAUUGUUGAGUCAGAACGGUAGACGUUUAAACACCUUAAAGCACCAUACAUCACAACUAAUGGGCUUUGUGAAGUGAUACAUAGUACAAAGAAACACACAAUUGAAUGACGAUCUGGUUAUCUCAACACAAGCUGCGGGGAGCACAUUUAUAACCUUAAUCAGUGUUUUAAAAGGAUCCUGAUCUCCAGUUAGGAGACAAUUCCGUAUCCAUAUGGUGUUUCUGUCCUGUUAGCAUUAAAUUAUGUAAUUGGAAAAGAUUAUCUGUACAGUAUUGGUUUUGGAAAUGCGCCAAUGUCAUCCCUGUAGAACGCUGUACAGCUAGAUAAGUGGAAACGUUUACUCAGUUAAAACAUCACAUAUUAAAUCUUAAUGUCAAUGAAAAGGUGCAAUGAAAUAUUUGAUCAUACUGUGUGUGAAUAUGUAAUAAUAAUGACUUUUGAAGUGAAGGAUCCUUUUUAUAAAUGGUAAAAGGGGACAUUUAUGGGCUGCCAGUCAGCUGUAUUUUUGUGCUCAUAGUGGUAAUACUGUAUGUCCAUCUAUAUUACCAACAUUUAUGCAUGCGUGACGUGAAUUAGUACGUUUACAGAGCCAGAAAAAUGAAAGCAAAUGAUUCGGUCAACUCGGGCAUCUAAUGAUUCUGUCUGUUUAACUAGUUGAAUUCACCCGACAGCUAAUUAUUUAGUCUACUUGGAAGUAAAUUUGUUUGUCUACUUAAAAAUCAAUUUGUAUAACUCAAUUACAUCAAUAGUAUAUAUUAAAGCCAAGCCAUUUGAAGCUAUUCAAACAGAUGCGAAUGGAACUAUAAUAGAUAUGUAAGUGUACUCAGCUGUCAGACACUGCAGUGGCAUAAAACCAGUCUAACUUUCAAACAGCUCUUUUUUUAAAAACCUUUGACUUUCUCCUUUAUAUUGAGUGCCUUAAGAAAGUAUUCAUACCCCUUGUCUCACCCAUCUACACACAAUAGCCCAUAAUGACAAAGUGAAAACAUGUUUUUCCAAAUUUUUGCAAAAUUAUUGAAAAAUGGAAUACAGAAAUAUCUAAUUUACAUAGGUAUUCACACCCCUGAGUCAAUACUUUGUAGAGGCACCUUUUGCAGUGAUUACAGCUGUGAGUCUUUCUGGGUAAGUCUCUAAGAGCUUUCCAUACCUGGAUUGUGCAACAUUUGUUCAUUGUUUUUGUCUAAAUUCUUCAAGCUCUGUCAAAUUGGUUGUUUUCAUUUCUAGACAAACAUUUUCAGGCCUUGCCAUAGAUUUUCAAGUAGAUUUAAGUCAAAACUGUAACUCGGCCACUCAGGAACAUUCACUGUCUUCUUGGUAAGCAACUCCAGUGUAGAUUUGUCUUGUGUUUUAGGUUACUGUUGUGCUGAAAAGUGAAUUAAUAUCCUAGUGUCUGGUGGAAAGCAGACUGAACCAGGUUUCCUUCCUCUCCGGCAGCUGCGUUAGGAAGGACGCCUGUAUCUUUGUAGUGACUGGUUGUAUUGAUAUACCAUCUAAAGUGUAAUUAAUAACUUCACCAUUCUUAAAGGGAUAUUCAAUGUCAGCUUUUUUUUACACCAAUCUACCAAAGGUGCCCUUCUUUGCGAGGCAUUGAAAAACUUCCCUGGUCUUUGUGUUUGAAUCUGUGUUUGUAAAUCAUUACUCGACUGAGGGACCUUACAGAUAAUUGUAUGUGUGGAGUACAGAGAUAUAGUCAUUCAAAAUUCAUGUUAAACACUAUUAUUCCACACAAAGUGAGUCCAUGAAACUUGUAUGCACAUUUUUACUCCUUAACUUAUUUAGGCUUGCCAUAACAAAGGGGUUGAAUACUUAUUGCCUCAAGACAUUCCAGCUUUUUAUUUUUUAUAUUAUUGUAGUGACCAAAGAAAUCUUGAUUUAAUCAAUUGACAAAAAAAUCUCUAUUUAAUCAAAGGCUGCAACACAACAAAAUGUGGAAAAAGUCCAGGGGUGUGAACUUUCUGUUACAGGGCAACCAGAGAAUUGUGCUCUUAGUCAGUGUGCCGUUUGGUCUCGUCUUACUCGUUCUCCUUGACACGCUAAUUGUGAACAUGAUUUCUGGUAUAAUCUCAUUUAACACUACUUUGAGAGCCCUGAAUCACACUAUAGAGGUGUAACUGUCGAUGAUUCAUGCUCAAAUCGCAGACUAUAUAAUAAUGUAUGGUUUUGUAAAUACAGUAAAUAACAUUUGAACAGUUUUGAUGAGAAUUGGAGUGGUUUGUUACAACUAUUUUCCUCAGUGAGUGAGGAUAUUUUUGUAGCCACGUGAAGACAUUUGAAAUCGUGUCUUUAUAUUAAUGUACCACAAGUGCUGAGGCUUGGCCGCUGUGUGGAGAAAAUGUUUUCACAAAAUAAAUGCCUUUUAAUUGAAA